CACUUAUAGAAUUUCUGUUUUCUGUCAGAUUUUCUGAGUCUUUCUGAGCAGUUUCAGUUUCUGUGCCCAUGAUGAGUGGAAUAUGUAGGAUUUGUUUAACAACUGAUACCACUAAGGAGUACGUUAAUAUUCAUGAGGAAAUAAUACCCAAUCUGACCGUUUUACAAUGUAUUAUAAAUUGUUCUUCGAUAAAGGACACUGAAAAUGAGCUUUUUCCUGAGGAAGUAUGUGAAGAUUGUCUGGCCAAACUAAAGCUAUUUAAUGAAUUCCGACAAUUAAUUUUACAAUCGCACGAAACGUUGCAACUAAGUUUAAGUACUAAAACUGAAACAACUGAAAUGGAUGAUGAAGAUUCAUUUGAACAAUCGCACGAAUCAUUGCAACUAAGCCCAAGUACUAAAAAUGAAAAAACCGAUUCAGAUGAUGACGAUACACAGUCUCAAUACGAUCACGAUUAUGCAUUACUAGACGAAGAAGAAAAUAUAACCGUAGUUAUAAAAGGAGAUCAAAGCGAGACAACUGAAGAACCGAGAACUGUUUUCGAGUGUGAGGAGUGUAAGAAAGUUUUUAAUAGGCACGAUCACCUGAAGGUGCAUAUGACCAGCCAUACAGGUGAAAAAAAGUACGCCUGUGAUAUUUGUCCGAAAAAGUUUGCGAGAAGUUACGUUCUGAUGUACCACAGAAGAACCCAUACGAAUGAACGGCCUUACCAAUGCGAUAUAUGUUUGAAAACGUUCAAUGCGCCGAGUAAUUUUUCCCGCCACAAAAUACUACACACAAAUAACAAGAGAUUUAAGUGUAGCGCUUGCGACGAAGGUUUCUAUCAGUUGGAAUCUCUAAACGUUCAUAUUAGGAAGGCUCAUACUGGGGAGCGGCCUUAUUUGUGUGAUGUGUGUAGCCGUACGUUCCAGAGCCAAAAUUCCUUAUACAUACACCAGAUUGAUAUUCACGGAAAGAAAGAUCCUUGCCCUCUCUGCGGCGGUAUGUACAGUGCGAGAAUAAUGAAGAAGCACAUUCGCAGACACCAGGAACAAAAACAGGGCAUUAAGAAGUUUUCCUGCGACGAAUGUGGAAAAAAUUUCACUUCCGCGGCCGGUAAAAAGAAACACCUGUUAACUCAUACAGAAGAGAAGCCGUUUAUUUGUGAGAUUUGCAAAAGGUGUUUCAAUCAAGAGUCUGCUUUAAAAACACAUAUGAAGGUACAUUCCAAUUUAAAGCUUUAUUCCUGCAUAUUUUGUACGAAAUCGUUUAAAUACAAGCACCAUUUCGACCGUCACUUGGAUAAUCAUCAUCAGGAUAAAAUGGAAACAUACUAAAAAAAAUAUAUUAUGCUGAAUAAUUAAGAAUAUUUCUUAAUAUUAUACUAGUUUUAUUUGUAUUUAAUUUGUAUGUCUGUUAAAAGUACUGAUUUGGGAAUAUACAUAACUAUAUACGUA